AUGCAGGUCGCAGCCGGCUCGGCCCUGACAUAUUCCUCUUGGGAAGCUGCAGGCGUGUCAGUGGCCAUGGAGGAUGUGGACGCCGUGGAGAGGUUCCUGCACCGCGAUCAGGAUGGGUGGAUCGUGGACGUGGACGAGUUCCAGGUGGCGAGGGCCCUCCUGUCCGGGGAAGCGCAGCUCCUGGGUCGAGAGGUCGAUUCAUGGCACCUUUUCGAUUGGUGCCUUUAUUUCGGCCACCGAAACACGGCGCUGGCCAUGUGGUCGCAUGGGGUUCCGGGGUGUGUCAUCAGGGCCUGGCACGUUGCGGGCCCAGCGGACCGACUUCUGGAUGCAGACUAUGCAGAUGCCUGCGACAUCUUCGCGGUUUGUGAGUGCUGGGGUCCAUGGGCCACUUGCUCAGCAUGCAACUGGGGCUACCUUCCGGAGGAAGAGGGCGUUUGGAUGGAAGAUUGGGAUGCAAGUUUGCGGUCCGCGAAGAAGAAGGCAUCAAGAGCCGCGUCGAUGCCCUUCCUUCGCCAUCUGCUUGAGGCGUGCCGCUCCCAGGCUGCUUUUCCUGCAGAGGUCACGGCCGAAGCGAUGGCGCGCGUGCUCGACGUCGCCAUCCUCUUGGGGGAUGCAGAGCUGGCCGCUUGCUGCACCAGGCGUUGCACCCUCUUCCCGCUCAGGCGGUGGAGAUUUGAUGACUUUGUCGUCCGCAACCUGGUCUUUCUUCCCAUAAUCCGAGAGAUCCGGGAGAAGGACAUCCUGAAGGCAGCCUUGGCGGCAGGCGUCGGGCUCCAGAGCGUGGGAGAUUGUUUUUUUUCUGACGUCUCGCUUCCGGAAGCCAUCGUGCUGUCCGAGGAUGCCGAGCUCUGGCAGCUCGGGCCCUGGCCAACCGCCGCGCCCGAAAACAACAAGGCCAAAUAUCUCCUGACAGACGCUGCCGACGGCGAUUGGUGCUUGAGUUUCGAGCGUCUGCUCCGGGCGAAGAGAGCCGGCCUCACAUUGGGCACCUACAGGCUGCGAAGUUUUUUGCGGUGCACUGCAUGUCCGGGUUCUUGGCCUGCUACGGAAAUCUUUCUCUCACUGCUGGACCUGGCGAUAAUCUUUGAGCAAAGGGACUGUGCCGAGCUCUGUGGGUCCAUGGAUGUCUGCUCGACGGAGUGGACCCUGGGCUUGAGCUUGGAAGAACCUCCGGCAUGCAAUAUUUGUGGCAGCUCAUCAGUCAUCGAGCUAGGUCACCUAGGUCUCGGCGGUUUUUUUGGGAGAAUUGCCCGCUUGGCCCCACUCGUGGGGCGCAAAGCCGCGGCGGGCGAGGCCCUCCGCGCCGCGCUACGAGCGUCGCGCGGGCGAGCCCGGGAGAUGGCGGGCCUCGGAGUGUUGCAGGCCCUGCGCUGGUGGGCGCGAGGGAAGGUGUUUUCACCGGCUUUGGUGAAUGUGGUGCUGACUUUCUCCGCCGAGCGGCCGUCCCUGGCCCGAGCUUUGGAGGGACGAUGGGGCGAGCUGUUGCAGUCCCCAUGGUGGGAAGAGCCGGACCAACACACAGCGCCAAUGGAAUCCCUGCAAAGGGAUCGGGAUGAUGCUGAGCCUUUUCGAAGCGAGGAGUCGUGCGACACUGCGAGGCCGUCGGCAGACCUCGACCCGGCUUCCGGCGCACACGCGCCCGCGCCGCCCUCCCAUCUUUCAAGCGAGAAGCCCAGCGGGCCCAGCGGGCCCGACCAGGCGUCCACGGAUGACCUCCUUGCAGCCCUCCGCAACAGCAGGAGCGACCUGCCUCCACUGAGCGGGGACGGCGCCGUGAUCUUCCGGCUCACUCGGCGGGCCAACGCGGAAGAGGUCCACGCUGUCCUCUUCGAUGAGACCGGGCCCUUGUGGACCUUGCACCGCAGAGUCCUGGAGGCCGGCUGCGAAGUUUGUCCGACUUGGUCGCCCGUGAAGGCGCUCUUUGUGCCGCUGACCAGGAGCUCACGCAGCCGGACGCUGACGGCCGCUGGCCUAGUGCCAGGCACCGUCUACGAGCUGGGGAGCUGGCACUUGUUGGCCCUGAAGUCGGAUCUCGACCUCCUCAACCGGGCCUUCCAGGAGCUUCGUCAGAAGGAUCGGCCCAAGAUCCGUUGCGAAGCCCUUCGCGAGGGCGAGGAGGGAGCCUUCAUCGUGAUGGAGGGAGGGCUUCGCACGGAUUCCAGCGUCGGCUUCCCCGUGUACAGCGAGGUCCUGUUGCCUUGGUGCUCGGUAAAUGGCAGGCCAGUCGCCCCACUCACCACCACAGGUCUUGUUGCCUUGGUGCUGGGGCAUGAGAAUGGGCCGACUUGUACAGAACAUCAGACAUGUCGUGUUGCCUUGGUGGGUGGGCGCGCGGGGUGCGAGAGCGACUCAAAACGCCGAGCAGAAAAACAGCUGAAGCAGUACGAGGUUCGAGCUCACUGUUUGCUGGGUGAGAGCUAUCAGGCUUCUGCCCAGCAAACGCUUGAAGGGGCUAUCUCUGAGAAGUCUUUCUUGAAAUGUCCAUCCACGGAUGACCUCCUUGCAGCCCUCCGCAACAGCAGGAGCGACCUGCCUCCACUGAGCGGGGACGGCGCCGUGAUCUUCCGGCUCACUCGGCGGGCCAACGCGGAAGAGGUCCACGCUGUCCUCUUCGAUGAGACCGGGCCCUUGUGGACCUUGCACCGCAGAGUCCUGGAGGCCGGCUGCGAAGUUUGUCCGACUUGGUCGCCCGUGAAGGCGCUCUUUGUGCCGCUGACCAGGAGCUCACGCAGCCGGACGCUGACGGCCGCUGGCCUAGUGCCAGGCACCGUCUACGAGCUGGGGAGCUGGCACUUGUUGGCCCUGAAGUCGGAUCUCGACCUCCUCAACCGGGCCUUCCAGGAGCUUCGUCAGAAGGAUCGGCCCAAGAUCCGUUGCGAAGCCCUUCGCGAGGGCGAGGAGGGAGCCUUCAUCGUGAUGGAGGGAGGGCUUCGCACGGAUUCCAGCGUCGGCUUCCCCGUGUACAGCGAGGCAUGA